GGCGCCGGGCCCCGCCGCCUCCCUGCGGGCCGAGGCCUGGCGGCUGUGGUGGGCCGGGAGCGGAGCGGGGCCGGCCUGGCCGCCCCCCGCUGCCCGGAGGCAAGGUCGAAGGUCGAGGUCUUCCUGUAUUGGCGUGCCUCCUCUGGACGGCUGGUGGGGUAAAAGCCUUGCGGGGAGCUGAGCAGCCACGCUUUUUGGCUUCCCAGCUCACAGUGGCACCCUGUUUUGUUGUUUGCCAUUUCCCUGCAGGAUUAUGGUGCUGUGUUUUCUAAGCAGAGCCAUGCAUCUAGCAAGAUAUUCAUCCCGUCUACUGGGAAGACAACUGUGUUCAGCCAGUGCAAAUAAGCCAGUGUUGACUUUGUUCACCAAGAAACCUUGCCCUCUGUGUGAUGAAGCAAAAGAAGUGCUCGAGCCAUAUAAGAGAAGGUUUAUUUUGCAGGAAGUGGAUAUUACCCUUCCAGAGAACUCUGCAUGGUAUGAUAAGUACAAAUAUGACAUACCUGUUUUCCAUUUAAAUGGAAAGUUCCUAAUGAAGCAUCGAGUAGACAUUCAAAAGUUUGAGGAGCAGCUUUCAAAGCUGGAGUUGCAUAAUGACAGAAACCAUUGAAGAAAAUGCAACUGUUCUCAUAUGAUUCUGAAAGGACUGUGCAAAAUAAAUGGCAUGAAAAAAAACAGUGUUCAUUAUCUGGCCUUACUUUUAUUGGAACUUACAGUACCCCUGUCCUAAAAAAAUAGAGUGACUUAUAUUUUAUUUUGUAUUAGUCAACCAUACACAUAGCCCCACAAGCAGCCUUUGCUGUGCCUGCUGCAUCUAUUGUUAUCCUGGACUGGCUUUUCAUUGACAAAAAAAAAUGUUGCUCCCUAGCAGCAGAUAAAAUGAAAUAUGCAUUGAGAUUGUUAGUACAUGUAAGUUGCAAGUCUUUAAGAGACAUGAAGAAAUUGAGGAGUGUAUCCUAAAUGCUGAUUUUGAAAUGGGGAAGAGGUCUGUAAAUGCACUGUAAAUGAAAAGGACACUUGAUUAAGGACAGCACACUCUCAGUGAAACAGUCAUACCUCUAGAACAAUCAGCACAAUUUGAUAUAGCUGUUACUCAUAUGUGAACACCAAGUGGAUUUUUUUUCUUCUCAUGGGAUGAAUGUGUUGCACUUAAGGCUAUCGUAUCUACUACAGCAAGCUUUUGUCUUAGUAUUUGAACUACUCCCAGUCACUUCUGAGAAAGAAAUAAGGAAAAAAAAAAAGUGUAAUAGAGCAAAAAGAAGAAAAUCUGUAAUGGAAACAACAUUUAUUAGCUCCAAACCAAUUUCUACUAGUGCCACCGAUUUCAGACUAUAAAAUGGAAGCAAGAAACCCAGAGAGUUUCUUCAAAAUUUUCCAAGCAAUCAACACAAAAACAACACAAAGGCAAUGGGAAUUCUCCCUUACAUUCCAAUUACAUUCUAAAACAAAAGCCAUGCUAAUACACUAUCUUCUGCUCUGCUUAGGGAUGCUUGUGGCAUGAUUCUCCAUCAUUACAAACCCAGUGAGCAGAGAAAACUUGUUUCUCUAAUUGUGUUAUGGGAACAGUGGUUGGGCCUCUGGGCUAGAGUUCUGUGGUAAUUCAGUCCAGUCUUUAUGUUUUCUGACAGAAAGGAAUCACAUUUAGUUACACUCUGCAACACAACUGCAAAUCCAUUUAUCAUUUGGCAACAACAUUCUUUUAUGGAGGGGUUCUGUUAGUACAUUAUUGGUGAUGAAAAAAUGUGUUGUGGACAUACAGAAUGCCUAAGUUAAAUUUCAGGAGCAGAAGAAAGGCAAAUUAAGUCAACUGUUCUAAGCUGAAUAGUCUGUAAUAUACACCGAAGAAAGGUCUACUUCAGCUCUACUUAAUAGAACCUCCUAAACAGAAGCUAAUCUACACCUGCUGCAUUUCUAUUCUUUCUGUCAUUGUAAUAUUCAUUCUUCUCUACUUAUUAAGAAUUUAAACAAUUUUAAUAGAUGUAGUCUUCACAGGGAGAAAAAUCCAGACACAAAACCUGGUUAGGACAGCAGAUUGAAAUUCACUGGGAUUCACUACAGGCUUAAGCUUUUAGGGUAUGGUUCAAUAAGAAAUGAGCUAAUCUUCUAUUGUGAAAGUAGGCACAUGGUCCCAUCCGGCAUCUUCAGCCAAUGAGGAUGAAUUUUGCAAGAUCAAAUUUUGCGGGAGGGGCAGAAAUUAAAACUUUCUUCCAGUUCAGCAGCUUGAAUCUACUUUGCAAGGGGUAUGAAAAUGUCUGAGUGUUGCCAGAACAGAGAUCUGUGCCCUUCAUAGAGCAUAGUUCAGGAACAUCAUCUAACUACACCCUGAGAUUUGCUUCAGAGGACUUCAGAAAACUUCAUUUCAUAGUAAUUCCUUCUCUUCAAGAAGACUGCGGAAAGAGAAAAGCAUCAGUCCUGUGGUGGAUUUACUAGAUUUGCAAGAACUCAAGAGCCAGCUUAGAAGUUUAAGCAUCUCAUUAAACCUGUUUCAACUUUUUAUCAGAAACACUGAUUAAAUGUUUGGUCCAAAACUGAAA